CAAGUUCUGGAUAACGUUUUCUUACUCAAGUUAUGCGGUACCCCGGAUUUCACCCUAGGUACCGUAGAACUCCCCUUGGUCUUUGAUAUUUUUCUCACAAAAUAAUUAGUAGAUUGCACUAUAUCAUGAUGAACCACGGCUUCAAUGCAAAAAAAAAAAACUAAAAUUGAGUUAAAAAUGAAGGUGAUACAAACUGAUACUAGGUGGUACAUUUAUUUUCCGAAAUAUAUUGAAAAUAAACAUUAUUUAGAUCAGCGAGCCCGCUCCAUUUAUGCAAAUAUUUUUGAAAUCCAAAUCAAAACAAAGAAGAUACAAGCCAAUUAAUUGUUAAAGCAAAUUCAAGAUGUGUGUUCCAAUCUCCUUUGACAUGGAGAUGAUGAAGGGAGGGAAAAUGAAAAUUGCGAAAGAAUGCCAAGGCCACGGAAGGAAGGCGGUUUGGUGCAUGGAACUUGGCAUGUAUAGCCCGAAUGAUCUGCCUGCUAUUGAUGCAUAGUGGACCUGUAUGGGUGGCAUGGAUAAAGCAUUACAAGGUGAUAUCAGGGAGUAUCUGGAUUAUGAAAGUUAAUCCAAGCAAUUUCUGGGCCUGGUGACGUGCUUUCAAAACAAGGUCAGUGCUCCAACCUCACUUAAAAGUGCAUGACUAGGGUAGCAAGCGUAUGCAUGUUUUCAAAGUUUCAAUAGUGUUAAAACAUACCGAGAUUGUUUGGGUAAGGUUGAUAUGACAUAGUCACAAAGGAUAAGCUAUUGAAAAUAGAUGAAAGCUGUAAAUGGUUUGUGUUUACUGUGUAAUAACGAGAUCGAGAUCGUGGAGCAUUUGUUGUUUAUGUGUCUUUUCGCUCAGCAGGUACUGGCAGCCCUAAACUUCACGACUCUCUUGUGUUAAGGGACUUGGGAGGCUACUCUUGUCGUAGGUUAUGAGAUGUUCCGGCUACGAACAACAGCCAGAAGGCUGACCGGCUUAGUAUGGUGUUUGAGUAGUGCUGGUUUAUGAAGGGAGCAUUGUAAGGAAAACUUGGAAUGACAUAAUAUGUUUGAGUGGAAUUGUAGGAAACCCACAUCUAGGGUGUUUCAGGUUGGGUUCUGAUCUUGGGCCCUGUUCGAUUAUUUGUAACGAUUAUAACUAAUAAAAAGGGAAUUAGGAAUUGGAAUUGGAAAUUAGGGAUAAGGGAUCGAAGAAGGUAAUUGGAGAAGAAUUGGAUAGAAUGUUCGGCGGCCUUUGGGGAAGAAAAGGGUCGAGAACUGAGAGGAAUAUGAGAGAUUAGGGUUAAGAGACAUUUCUUAAUAUUCUUCUCCGUCGAUAAAUGACAUAAUACUACAUGAUUACUACUAACCCUAACAAUAAUUAUCCUACUAUUAAUCAUAAGAGAAACUCGCGCAAUUGGGUUUCUUACAAACCACCCCCCUUGAUAGCAACAUUGUCCUCAAGGUUGCAGUCAACUCUUGUUUUCUUGACCUUCCACUUUUUUCGUUUUCAAUUGUGCUCACUCUCCCUAACGAAUUCCUCUUCGACAACUCUAAAGCCCCUCGAUACUUCUCCAAUCACGUGACACAUGUAAAAUUGUCCAUAUCUAAACAUUUCUUCGUCCUCUUUUUCAAAAUUCACAAAAUAAUAAUUAGAGAAUUGUUCUUCCUUGUGCCCAUUCUCACUAGCCACAUUGAAAUCUUCAAUGGAAUUCUCCAUAAAUUCCGCCAUGUGCAUGGUGGUGAAGACAGGCCCUUUUGUGAUUCACUCUUCUGCAAGUGAGUUUGGGCUAGGCUCUCUUGAAAGCCCAUCUUCUAUUCCAGCCAACCCACUUCCUUCUUCCUUUAAGUUCUCUCCAUGCAAAAUAGAUCCAACAAGACAUCCUAUUGGUUGCGCAAGUUUCUCCUGAAAUCUCGGCCCUUUCCCUUGAAACCAACUACCCUUUUUCUUAUUCAACCACAACAAACUUUGUCUUGGUCCACUUCCUUUUUAGUUGGGGUCCGAGAAUUGGCUUAGUAUGCUGAUUCUUAUGGCUCAAAACAAGCAAAGCAACCUUCUUUUCCUCUUCCCAGACUGCUCCCUCUGACCCAAGUAGGCACGUGGUCCAAGAGAUUCAGCCCACUAUGGUGGUUAGCUGUUGUGCUACGCAGCCCACGUUCCAUGAUCUAGGUUCUGCAAGAAGAGUGGUGUCGCCCUCCUUCUUCUCCUUGUUCAUGGGCAGCUACUCUGUUUGGUUCUCAUCGGCGUGCAACUUACCAGAUGAUGGGAAUGUGGCUCCGUGGUCAUUGCGAUGGGUUCGCCCGGACAUCCGUCGACGUGAUGAAUGAAGCAAGUUCAUUGUUGAUAUUCCUCGCUAGAUUCCCCUUCAUCUUAGUCGUGUUUUCCUUCCUCAGCGAGCAGUCCACCACGCGAAUGUGUUGCCAUUUUGGGCCAAGCUUCUCAACCUUAGUUUUGACUUACUGUUGGUUGACAAAACGAGGGAACCUACUUCCGAUUGUGAUGUUUCUCGCUCGACUCGCGGAACUCUGUCAACCUAGUAAUCCAUGGAGCUGUCUAUGCUCAUUGAGUCCAUUGCAUACUUUGCAACACCGGUGAGUCAACCUGGCAGCCCAUUGCUUCCUGUUUCUCGCAUUGUUAGUGGCUGACAAGGGCAGAACGAUGUCCUUGGUAUCCUUUUCGCCUUCGACGGGCUUCUUACAAAUCAUCAUCGACUUCUCUUCAACACACCGCAUGACAACUGCUCUUCAAUUCUUCCAUUUCCCAUAUGCAGAACCAGCUCCAGUCCUUCACUUCUUCUUCCUCAAUUUCCAGGAACAGCUCUUUCGAUGAGGAUCAUGCGCAAUACUUCUGAACUUUUAGACUAGGGGUGGCUAUACGGUCUGUUCCGGUUAAAUUGGACCAAAUUGAUCGGGUCCUUGUCCGUCUUUUCGCGAAUAUAAGGACCAAAGAUUGGAUUGGAUACAAUCCGGUCUUGACCCGGUCCGGUCCCAAUUUGAUCUUGAUUUUAGGUGUUGGGGGUCUCUUAUCCGUUCUGUAUCCGAGUUUUUUUUACCUCAAAUCUAAGCCCGAAUAUGAGAUUGGAUUGUUUGUUAUCCGGUCCCAGUCCGGUCCCGGUCCGGGUUAUAUGGUCCAGUUUUGGGUAAAACCAAACAGUCCGGACCAAAUAGCCAGCCCUAUUUUAGACCAAAUUUAUGAGGAAAAAUCACUUCACUCGCUCUGUUUUUGCUUUCCUUGUUGCUUAACUAAUAGGUGUUACAGUUGAAGUCACAUGCCUCACCUGUGGAGGAUGGAGUGGCGGUUCUUCCCCGACAACUCUUGUUUGGUUGGUCAAGGUUCAUUGACAAUCUCCACCUCCCUCUCCUUGUCUUUGCUCUGUCUCUCUCCACCAUUUGUCCUCGUCAUGCUUAGCUGUAGCUUGCUCGUCGUUGCGUCUUCUUUCCGCUCGGCAUGGCAUGAUCCUUCUUCCCUGGUCGGUGUCUCAGCCGCUGGUAACUCCUCCAUCCUCGCCACCGUCACACAUGGCGUGGUCUAAUCUCGUUCGAGCUUAGCUCAAGCUUGUUCGAAAUCUGCUCAUAAUCUUCUUAUGAAUUCCCCGAUUGAGAGUUGAAAGCUUGACAUAGUUUCGGUACAGGUGCCUACAACCAUGUCUCUGAUACCACUGUAAGAAACCCUUUUCUAGGGUUUCUCAGGUCGAGUUCGGAUCUUGGGCACCCGCGAUUGUUCAUAACAAUUAUGAUUAAUAUAAAGGGAAUUAGGGAUGGGAAAUUGAGAUUAGAGAUUUGGGAUCAAAGAACAUAAUUGAAUAAGAAUUGGGAUAGAACGACAAGCGGCUUCAGGGAAUAAAAGGGUUGAGAAUUGAGAAGAAUAAAAGAUAUUAGAGUUA